GGUUUUAGACUGGCAUUUCAUUCAGAGCCAUCUCGCUCCUGUCUGUCAGCCUCAGGGUUUUGUCUUUUGGACUCGUUUCAUUUAGUAAGAUGCCUUUGACAUUUGAGAUAUGUCCGGGGAGAAAGGUCGGAGAUUCUGAACCAUGCUUUAUUAUUGCCGAGAUAGGACAAAAUCACCAAGGAGAUAUUGAAAUAGCCAAGAAGAUGAUCAAAAUGGCAAAGGAUUGCGGAGCUGAUUGUGCCAAAUUUCAGAAGAGUGAACUGGAGCACAAGUUCAACAAGAAGGCACUGGAGCGGCCUUACACGACCAAAAAUUCAUGGGGAAAAACUUAUGGAGAGCACAAGCGCCAUCUAGAGUUCAGUCAUGAGCAAUACAAGGAAUUGCAGAAAUAUGCCGAGGAGGUGGGGAUCUUCUUCACUGCGUCAGGAAUGGAUGAGAUGGCUGUAGAGUUUCUUCAUGAGCUCAAUGUGCCUUUCUUCAAAGUGGGGUCUGGAGAUACAAACAACUUCCCUUAUCUGACGAAAACCGCAAAAAAAGGUCGUCCCAUGGUGGUGUCCAGUGGGAUGCAGUCCAUGGAGACUAUGCGGCGAGUAUAUCAGACAGUGAAGAAGCACAACGAGAACUUUGCCAUUCUGCAGUGCACCAGUGCCUAUCCUCUGGAAGCAGAGGAUGUCAACCUCAGAGUCAUUACGGAAUACCAGAAAGAGUUUCCAGAUAUACCCAUUGGUUACUCCGGCCAUGAGUCUGGCAUCACUAUUUCAGUGGCAGCUGUGGCUUUAGGGGCGAAGAUUGUGGAGAGACAUGUCACUUUGGACAAGACGUGGAAGGGCAGUGACCAUGAAGCGUCUCUGGUGCCCUCUGAGCUGGCGGAGCUCGUCCGUUCUAUUCGUUUGGUGGAGAGAGCACUGGGCAGUGGCAUAAAGCAGAUGUUACCCUGUGAGAAGCCAUGUCAUGACAAGCUUGGAAAAUCAGUGGUAGCCAAAGUGAAGAUCCCCAAAGGCACUGUCCUAACUCUGGACAUGUUGACAGUGAAGGUGGCUGAGCCGAUGGGCGUCGCUGCAGAGGACAUUUUCCAUCUGGUCGGGAAGUCUGUGUCAGAGGAUGUGGAAGAGGAUGAGAGCGUCACAUCUGAAGUGGUAGAGUGUUAUGGCAAGAGAGUUAAAUCCAACAAUAGCAUUUGAAAUUAUUUUCAGUACUUAUCCAAGUUAGUUUCCAAAUCAGAAAAUGUGUCUUAAUUUCCUCAAAAAUUUGAGGGAGGUGCCAACAAUUUUUAUCAGAUUUGAUAAAAUCUACCCGACCUGUCAAAAGUGUGGACACACUUUUUCAUUUAUGCUUCUUUCCAUGAUUAUUUCCAUUGUAGAUUCUCACCAAAGGCAUCAAAACAAUGAAUAUGAACGAAUUUGGAAUGUAGUAAACAAAACAAAAAAAAACCUCAGAAUAACGCAAUUUGUUUUAUAUUAACAAAAUAAAUAAAAUUAUCCAUCCUUUGCUUUGAAUCCUGAUUUGCACUUUUGGCAUUUCUUGAUCCUGACGUGGCACAGCUGUGAGGUGAAAACCAUUUCAGGAAACCUCAUCGAGAAGCUCAUUAAGAGAAGACCAAGGGUUUGCAGCGUUGUUGACAAAGCAAAAGGUGGCUACUCAGAGAGAUUGUCAGGGUGUGUGCAAACUUUUGACUGGUAGCGUACUUUGUACUUUGUACUAUACUUGAAUUUAAAAAUAAAAUUGAUCUG